CUCCUCCGGGGCGCGCGGGGUUGGGAAGGCAACACUCUGCUUCGGGCUCCUCAGGCGAGGAGCGUGAAGGCACCGAGGAGGGCGGCUGGAUUAUUGACGGCGGGCCAUGGCAGCACCGGCGCCGGGUUGCCAGGGGUGGCGAAUAAGGGACAGGAGAAGGUGAAAGAGCUACGCUUUCAGUCCCCGAGACUUUGAGACUCUUUCUGACUCUCGACGCUGUUCCUGGCCAAGCACUCCCUUCCCAAGAUUCUUCCUUUGCUAGCUCCGUGCAUCUCUCGGAGCCCGUCUGGGCAACUACUGCACGACUCCACUUGCCCGCCAGCCAGGAACCAUGAAGUAUUACUCUUCUGCUGCCAGGAACAUUUUCCUUGUCCUCUUUUUCUUGGAGUCAGUCUGUUUGGGUCUGAGCAAUCGACUGCCGUACUUCAUAAAUUAUUUCUUUGACACAUACCUGUUGAUCAAUGAAGAUACUCCCGUGGGUUCAUCAGUGACACAGUUGCUUGCCCGUGACCUAGACAAUGAUCCUCUUGUGUUCGGAGUAGUUGGGGAAGAAGCUAGCCGAUUCUUUGCUGUGGAAAGCAUGACUGGAGUUGUGUGGCUCAGGCAACCAUUGGACAGAGAGACGAAGUCAGAAUUCACAGUUGAAUUUUCUGUCAGUGACAGCCAAGGGGUGAUCAAAGGGUCAGUGAAUAUCCAAGUGGGGGAUGUGAAUGACAAUGCACCAAGGUUUCAUAAUCAGCCAUACAGUGUCCGUAUCCCUGAGAAUACACCAGUGGGAACUCCAAUUUUCAUAGUGAAUGCUACAGAUCCAGAUCAGGGAGCCGGUGGAAGUGUGCUUUAUUCUUUCCAGCCUCCAUCCAACUUCUUCGCCAUUGACAGUGGCCGUGGGAUUGUGUCAGUAAUCCGAGUACUGGAUUAUGAAGUGACUCAGGCUUACCAGCUUCAGGUCAAUGCUACAGACCAAGAUAAAACCAAGCCCCUCUCCACUCUGGCCAAUCUUGCUAUCACCAUUACAGAUGUACAAGAUAUGGACCCAAUUUUCAUCAACCUGCCCUACAGUACAAACAUCUAUGAGAACUCUCCUCCGGGUACAACUGUGCGUAUGAUAACUGCAAUUGACCAGGACAAAGGACGUCCGAGAGGUAUUGGAUACACAAUUGUGUCAGGCAACACCAACAGCAUCUUUGCACUGGACUACAUCAGUGGUGCUUUAACUCUGAAUGGGCCACUAGACCGAGAAAAUCCUUUCUAUAGUGCUGGAUUCAUUCUUACAGUGAAGGGCACAGAGCUGAAUGAUGACCGUACGCCUUCCAAUGCAACAGUGAUGACUACUUUCAACAUUCUUGUCAUUGACAUAAAUGACAAUGCCCCUGAGUUCAACAGUUCAGAAUACAGUGUGGCGAUCCCUGAAUUGGCUCAGGUGGGCUUUGCACUUCCUCUUUUCAUCCAAGUGCAGGAUAAAGAUGAGGGGCUCAACAGCAUUUUUGAAGUUUAUCUGGUAGGAAACAAUUCCAACCAUUUCAUCAUCUCCCCAACUUCAAUUCAAGGAAAGGCAGACAUCCGGAUAAGAGUUGCAGUGCCGCUGGAUUUUGAGACAAUUUCCCGCUAUGAAUUUUCUCUAUUUGCAAAUGAGAGCAUGCCAGACCACGUUGGCUUUGCACGGGUGAAGAUUAACCUGAUCAAUGAGAAUGACAACCGUCCAAUUUUCAGCCAAGUCCUGUACAACAUCAGCCUCUUUGAGAAUGUCACCGUGGGAACGACCAUCUUGAGGGUUCUGGCAACAGACAAUGAUGUCGGCUCUUAUGGAAAAGUUAGUUAUUAUUUCAGUGAUGAUCCUGACAGGUUCUCAUUGGACAAAGACACGGGUGUAAUGACAUUAAUUGCUCGUCUGGACUUUGAGACAACCCAACGCUAUACUUUGACGGUGAUCGCCAGAGAUGGUGGUGGGGAAGAGACAACAGGGAGAGUCCGAAUUAACGUUCUGGAUGUCAAUGAUAACAUCCCAACCUUCCAGAAGGAAUCCUAUUUGGGAGCUCUGCGGGAAAAUGAGCCUUCAGUAACUCAGGUUGUCCGUGUGAGGGCAUCAGAUGAAGAUUCUCCUCCAAACAACCAGAUCACAUACAGCAUUUUGCAUGCUUCUGCAUUCCGCAGUUAUUUUGACAUUAAUUUGUCUGAAGGAUAUGGAGUGAUAAGUGUUAUCCGCCCUCUGGAUUAUGAGCAAGUUGCGAAUGGUGUUGUUUACCUGAUUGUAAUGGCUAAGGAUGCAGGCAUCCCAGCACUCAACAGCACUGUCCCCAUCACCAUUGAGGUGUUUGAUGAAAAUGACAACCCACCCACAUUCAGCAAGCCUUCCUAUGCUAUUACAGUGAUGGAGGAUAUCAUGGCAGGUGCAACAGUGCUGUUUCUAAAUGCCACUGAUUUGGACCGUUCACGAGAAUAUGGCCAAGAGUCCAUUAUCUACUCCUUGGAAGGAUCCUCACAUUUUCGGAUUAAUGCUCGCUCAGGAGAAAUCACUACAACAUCUCUGCUGGACCGGGAAGCUAAAUCAGAAUAUAUACUCAUUGUGCGGGCAGUGGAUGGUGGUGUGGGUCACAACCAGAAAACAGGCAUUGCCACAGUAAACAUCACUUUGCUGGACAUAAAUGAUAACUAUCCCGUAUGGAAAGAUGAGCCAUACUUCAUUAACCUAGUGGAGAUGACCCCUCCAAAUUCUGAUGUCACGACGGUGGUAGCCUUUGACCCAGACUUGGCAGAAAAUGGUUCCCUCGUGUACAGCAUCAGACCACCAAAUAAAUUCUACAGUCUAAACAGCACCACAGGGAAAAUUCGGACAACAGGGGUUGUGUUGGACAGAGAGAAUCCAAACCCUCAGGAAGCCGAGCUCAUGAGGAAGAUUGUGGUCUCCGUCACUGAUCGUGGGAGGCCACCAUUACGAGCCACUAGUAGUGCCACUGUUUUCGUAAACUUGCUGGACCUCAAUGACAAUGACCCCACCUUCCAGAACUUACCUUUUAUCACUGAGAUUCCAGAAGGUCUUCCUGCAGGGUCAUCUGUCUUCCAGGUGGUAGCCAUUGAUCUUGAUGAAGGCUUGAAUGGCCAGGUGACAUAUCACAUGCAAGUGGGCAUGCCCAGGAUGGACUUUCUCAUCGACACCAGUAAUGGUCUUAUCAACUCCACAGCUGUUCUAGACAGGGAGAGGAUUGCUGAGUACUAUCUUAGGGUAGUGACAAGUGAUGCAGGAGUGCCAUCAAAGAGUUCCACUGGCACUCUCACUGUCAGAGUUUUGGAUGUCAAUGAUGAGAACCCCACCUUCUUCCCAGCUGUCUACAAUGUCUCACUUCCUGAAAAUAUACCUCGUGAUUUCAAAGUGGUUCGCCUGAACUGCACUGAUGCUGAUGUGGGUCUCAAUGCUGAACUCAGUUAUUUCAUCACAGGUGGGAACCAGGAUGGGAAGUUCAGUGUCGGCUUUAGAGAUGGGGUAGUUAGAACAGUAGUCAGCCUGGACAGAGAGACCGUGCCAUCCUAUACACUCAUCCUAGAGGCCAUUGAUAAUGGCCCCACUGGCAAACGGAGGACUGGGACAGCAACGGUACACGUGACUGUGCUGGACGUUAAUGACAAUCGGCCAAUCUUCCUUCAGAGCAGUUAUGAGGCUACUGUUCCUGAGGACAUUCCAGAUUACAGCAGCAUAGUUCAGGUGAAAGCCACAGAUGCAGAUGAAGGUGUUAAUGGCCGUGUGUGGUACAGAAUUGUUAAAGGAAACAAUUUCAACAACUUCCGGAUCAAUCCCAGCAGUGGACUGGUCAUGCGGGGCUUGCGGCCCCUGGACAGAGAGCGCAAUUCCUCCCAUGUCCUUGAAGUGGAAGCCUACAACAGUGAACAAGGACCUAUGAGAGGCUCUGUUAGGGUAAUAGUGUAUGUGGAAGAUGUCAAUGAUGAAGUGCCAGUAUUUACCCAGAGGCAGUAUAACCGGCUAGGUUUGCGAGAGACUGCUGGGAUCGGGACAUCUGUUGCAGUUGUCCGGGCAACAGAUCGAGACACAGGAAAUGGAGGUCUGGUGAAUUACAGAAUCAUCUCAGGUUCUGAGGGGAAGUUUGAAAUUGAUGAGAGCACUGGCCUCAUUACCACAAUUGACUAUCUGGACUAUGAGACAAAAACCAGCUAUCUAAUGAAUGUUUCAGCCACAGAUCAAGCACCCCCCAAAAACCUAGGCUUCUGCAGUGUCUAUGUCAGCCUCCUCAAUGAACUGGAUGAGGCUGUGCAGUUCUCAAAUGUCACCUAUGAAGCAGUGAUUUUAGAGAACAUUCCCUUGGGUUCGGAGGUACUGCAAGUCCAGGCGCGCUCCAUUGACAACCUUAAUCAGAUCACGUACAAGUUUGACCCAAAUACUAAUGCCCAAGCUCUGUCUUUGUUCAAGAUAAAUGGAAUCACUGGUGUGAUCACAGUCAAAGGACAAGUGGAUCGAGAGAAGGGGGAUUUCUAUACUCUAACUGUUGUUGCAGAUGAUGGAGGUCCAAAGCUUGACUCAACUGUGGUUACCAUCACCAUACUGGAUGAGAACGACAACAGCCCACAGUUUGACAUUACUUCUGACUCAUCUGUGAGUGUAGCAGAGGACAGUUCUGUUGGACGGCGAAUUGCUCUGGUUUUGGCCAGGGACCCUGAUGCAGGAAGCAACGGGCAGGUGGCUUUUUCUCUAGUAUCAGGAAACAUAGGCAGGGCCUUUGAAAUCCGUACAACCAAUAAAACAUAUGGAGAAGUGUUUGUGGCCAGACCACUGGACCGGGAACUGAUAGAGCAUUACACCUUAAAGAUUCACGCAGCUGACAAAGGUGUGCCACCUCGCAGGAAAGAGCAUACCUUAAGAGUUAAUAUACUGGACGUUAAUGAUAAUCCACCAGUCAUUGCAAACCCAUAUGGAUACAAUGUUAGCGUUAAUGAGAACGUGGGUGGAGGCACUGCUGUGGCUCAGGUGCGAGCAACUGACAGAGAUAGCGGACUCAACAGUGUCCUUUCCUACUACAUCACUCAUGGAAAUGAAGAACUGACCUUCCGUAUAGAUAGAGUGACUGGAGAAAUUGCCACCCGCCCAUCCCCUCCUGACCGUGAGAGGCAACAGUUUUACCAGCUGGUGAUCACUGUGGAGGAUGAAGGCAACCCAGCCCUCUCAGCUACUACCACUGUGUAUGUAACCAUCCUGGAUGAGAACGAUAAUGCCCCAGUCUUCCAGCAGCAGCAGUAUGAGGUCACACUGGAUGAGGGCCCAGGUACCCUCAAUGCCAUCCUCAUCACCAUCAAUGCUGUGGACCUGGAUGAAGGGCCAAAUGGUACCGUUACAUAUGCCAUCACAGAGGGGAACAUCAUGGACACUUUUCACAUAAACAGCAUGACGGGACAAAUCCGUACAGUCAAGGAGCUGGACUAUGAAAUCAGCCAUGGGCGUUAUACACUGAUAGUCAUGGCUGCGGACCAAUGUCCAGUCCCUUCACGCCGUCUCACAUCCACCACAACGGUGUUAGUAAAUUUGAAUGAUAUCAACGACAAUCAGCCAACAUUCCCACGUUCUUAUGAGGGGCCCUUUGACAUCACAGAAGGACAGCCAGGUCCAAGGGUGUGGACUUUUCUAGCCCAUGAUGGGGACUCAGGGCCCAGUGGACAAGUGGAAUACAGCAUCACAGCAGGAGAUCCCCUUGGAGAAUUUGUGAUCUCUCCUGUGGAAGGGGAGCUACGCGUGCGGAAGGAUGCUGAGCUUGAUCGAGAGAACAUUGCUUUCUAUAAUCUUACUAUUGCUGCCAAGGACAGAGGGGUGCCUCCUCUCAGUUCCACUGUCAUGGUGGGAGUCCGGGUUCUGGAUAUUAACGAUAAUGAUCCUGUCCUCCUGAACCUGCCAAUGAAUCUCACUCUCAGUGAACAUGCACCCAUCUCCAGCUUUGUCACCCGCAUCCUUGCCAAUGAUGCUGACAGUGGCAGAAACUCUCUUUUAACCUUUAGCAUCACAGCAGGGAAUAUAGAGAACGCCUUUUUCAUCAAUGGCACCACUGGCAUUGUAUAUGUAAACCGGCCUUUGGAUAGGGAGUUGGUGUCAGAGUACAAGCUGACUGUGGCAGUGAAGGACAACCCAGAAAAUGCACGCAAUGCAAGACGGGAUUUUGACCUGCUAGUAAUUUCCAUUGCGGAUGAAAAUGAUAACCACCCACUCUUCACUCAGAGUUCCUACCAGGCUGAGGUGCUGGAGAACUCCCCACCAGGAACUCGCAUCACAGUCCUUAAUGGGCCAAUUCUAGCUUUGGACAAUGACCAGGGAAUCAAUGAAGUGGUGACAUACCAGCUCCUUGGGAAAGCAACAAACCUUUUUGCCAUCAACAACAGAACAGGUGCCAUUUUGGUGAAGCGAGGCCAAGUGAUAGACAGAGAAGUCUUCUCAAAUCCAGUCCUGGAAUUUCUUCUGGUUGCAGUAGAUGUUGGCAAGUUGAACAGCACUGCUAGCCUCACAGUGACCAUUCUGGAUGAUAAUGACAACAGGCCAAUCUUUCACCCAACAAUGUUGACUGUUCGGCUGAUAGAAAACAGCCCUCCAGGUUUUUCUGUCCUACAGGUAAUGGCAACUGACAAGGAUAGUGGCCUCAACCAGCAGCUGAGCUACCGAAUUGAGAGUGGAGCUCAAGACAAGUUUUUGAUCAAUGCAAACACUGGGGUGAUCAGUGUGGCCAACAUCACCAUAGACAGAGAAGAAAAGGACAACUACCGGUUGACAGUGGUUGCCAUGGAUCAGGGUACACCCCCCCUCUCUGGCACAACCACUGUGAGCAUCCUGAUUGAAGACAUCAAUGACUCUCAGCCAGAGUUCAUCAAUCCCAUCCAGACAAUCAGCAUUCCUGAGUCAGCUACCCCAGGCACAGUUGUUGCAGAGGUGACUGCAAUAGACAGAGAUCUCAGUCCCCAGCUGGAAUACUACAUUAUUGAAAUCCUGGCCAAGGAUGACAAUGAUGCUCUUGUGCCAGAUCAACAAGGAGCAUUUGCAGUGGAUUUUAGAACAGGUGCUGUGAAAGUUAAGUCUGCUUUAAACAGGGAACUGGUGGCCACUUAUGAAGUCACAAUAUCUGUUUAUGACAAUUCCAGUGAUGUGGUUGACCGCUCAGUUAGUGUUCCAAAUGCCAGACUGACAGUAAAUAUCUUGGAUGUCAAUGAUAAUGCUCCUCGGUUCCGCCCUUUUGGAGCAACAUUUUUCACCGAGAGGAUCCUGGAAGGGGCCACUGCAGGGACCACCUUAAUAUCUGUGUCAGCUAUUGAUCCAGACAAAGGUGCUAAUGGACAGAUCACUUAUGAGCUACUCAAUCUCUCACCUGAGGGAUAUGUCCAGCUUGAAGACAUCUCGGCAGGAAAGGUAGUUUCCAACAGGACGGUUGACUAUGAAGAGGUGCAAUGGUUGAACUUCACUGUUCGGGCCUCAGAUAACGGAUCUCCACGGAGAUCAGCUGAGAUACCGGUAUACCUAGAAAUUGUGGAUAUUAAUGACAAUAACCCCAUCUUCAGCCAGCCAUCCUACCAGAAGCCUGUUUUUGAGGAUGUCCCACUGGGCACUGUCAUUAUGAAGCUCCGAGCAACUGACGCAGAUUCUGGACACUUUGCUCUCAUCCGGUACAGCCUAGGAGAUGGAGAGGGCAAGUUUGGAAUCAACCCCAACACGGGCGAUAUCUACAUUCUAUCAACCCUGGACCGGGAAAAGAACGAUCAUUAUACGUUGACAGCUGUAGCCAGAGACAAUCCAGGAGACAUUUCUAGUAACCGCCGAGAGAACUCUGUGCAGGUGUUGAUUACAGUUCUGGAUAUCAAUGACUGCCGCCCGCAGUUUGCUAAAAAACAGUUCAGUACCAGCGUGUAUGAAAAUGAACCAGCAGGGACUUCUGUGAUCAUAAUGACUGCCACUGACCCUGAUGAAGGAGACAAUGGAGUGGUGACGUACAAUAUGGAGGGGCCUGGAGUAGAGGCCUUCAAAAUCCAUAAGGAUUCAGGGCUCAUAACAACUCGCAGACGUCUGCAGUCUUAUGAGAGAUUCAAUCUGACAGUGGUGGCUACUGACAAAGGAAGACCACCACUCUGGGGGACUACUAUGCUCCAGGUGGAUGUCAUUGACAUCAAUGAUAACCGACCGUUAUUUGUCCGGCCCCCCAAUGGUACUAUUUUGCAUAUUAAAGAGGAAAUCCCUCUACGAUCCAAUGUGUAUGAAGUCUAUGCUACAGACAAGGAUGAGGGCCUCAAUGGAGCUGUGCAAUAUAACUUACUCAAGACUGGUGCAGGAAAUAAAGACUGGGAAUACUUCACCAUCGACCUCAAGAGUGGGCUCAUCCAGACAGCAAUGAGGCUGGACCGAGAGAAACAAGCUGUAUACAGUUUGAUCAUUGUGGCGUGUGAUCAAGGCCAACCACCCUAUGAGACCAUGCAGCCUCUCCAGGUGGCACUGGACGAUAUUGAUGACAAUGAACCUGUCUUCCUGAGGCAGCCUAGAGGGGCUCCCUCGUACCAGAUUCUUUCUGUGCCUGAACACUCUCAUCCCGGUACAAUUGUGGGGAAUGUCACUGGAGCAGUGGAUGCCGAUGAGGGUUCCAAUGCCAUUGUCUAUUAUUUCAUUGCAGCUGGUAACAAAGAGAACAAUUUUCAGCUGAGUCGGGAAGGCAGAUUACAAGUACUGCGGGACUUAGACAGAGAGAAAGAGGUUUUCUACUCUAUCAUUGUCAAAGCCUCUAGUAAUAGGAACUGGACACCUCCCCAGGGCCGCCGGGCCGCCAGGAUCCAAAUCAUGGACCUCAACACUGAUGCUACCCUGCAGGAUGUACGGAUCUUUCUGGAUGACAUUAAUGACCAGUCUCCCCAGUUCACCAAGUCAGAAUACACAGCAGGUGUUGCAACAGAUGCCAAAGUGGGUUCUGAGCUGAUCAAGCUUGUUGCACUGGAUGCUGAUGUGGGAAACAAUAGCCUGGUCUUGUACAGCAUUCUGGGGAUCCGCUAUAUUAAACAACACUCCAACGAUUCAGAAGAGGUAGCCAACAUCUUCAGCAUUGGUAGCCUAGAUGGGAUUCUUCGGACCUUUGACCUCUUCACUGCCUACAGUCCUGGCUACUUUGUGGUGGAUGUCAUGGCUUCGGACUUGGCUGGUCACAAUGACACCGCAGUUGUGGGAAUCUAUAUCCUACGGGAUGAUCAACGAGUAAAGAUCAUAAUCAAUGAAAUCCCAGAUAAAGUGAGGCAGUUUGAAGAAGAAUUCAUCAGCCUGUUAUCUAACAUUACAGGAGCUAUUGUCAAUACAGAUGAUGUGCAGUUCCAUGUUGACAAAAAAGGCCGAGUGAACUUUGCCCAAACAGAGUUGCUGAUCCAUGUGGUGAACCGGGAAACUAAUCGGAUUCUGGAUGUAGAACGAGUAAUACAGAUGAUUGAUGAGAAUAAGGAGCAGCUGCGGAAUCUCUUCAGAAAUUACAAUGUCUUAGAUGUGCAACCAGCCAUCACUGCCAGGGCUCCAGAUGACCUCUCAGCAUUGCAGAUGGCAAUAAUCAUUCUGGCUAUUCUCCUCUUUCUGGCAGCCAUGUUGUUCAUCCUCAUGAACUGGUACUACAGAACAGCACACAAACGAAAAUUGAAAGCUGUUGUGGCUGGUUCCACAGGUAACCGAGGUUUCAUGGACAUCAUGGAUAUGCCAAACACAAAUAAAUAUUCCUUUGAUGGAGCAAACCCCGUGUGGCUCGACCCUUUCUGCAGGAAUCUAGAGCUGGCAGCACAAGCUGAGCAUGAAGAUGACCUGCCUGAGAACCUAAGUGAAAUAACAGACCUAUGGAAUAGCCCAGCCAGGACUCAUGGGACAUUUGGACGAGAGCCUUCAGCUGCCAAACCUGAAGAUGAUCGGUACCUGAGAGCAGCCAUCCAGGAAUAUGACAACAUUGCCAAGCUAGGCCAGAUCAUGCGAGAAGGGCCCAUCAAGGGUUCUCUCUUAAAAGUAGUCUUGGAUGAUUACAUGCGACUGAAAAGACUGCUUGCUGAGCGGAUGGUGCAUAAAGCCACCACCAGUCAUGGAGACCAGUCCUCAGUCUCUGAGCUUAUCCAGAAUGAUCUAGAUGAUGAGGAAGAGCAAAGGAGUCCAAGUCAGGGGAGCCUUCGCUUCCGGCAUAAGCAGCCCAUUGAGCUCAAGGGACCUGAUGGGAUCCAUGUGGUCCAUGGCAGCACAGGUACUCUGCUGACCUCUGACCUCAACAGCCUUCCUGAAGAUGAUCAGAAAGUGCUAGGCCACUCCUUGGAGACACUGACUGCAGAUGGUGGGGCAUACUGUGACAAGAAUGCCCGUACUGAGUCCGCCAAAUCCACCCCUAUGCACAAGAUGAGGGAGGUGAUUAUGGAGAGCCCACUGGAGAUCACAGAGUUAUGACUAGAAGUGGCAUCGCUGGUGUAGCACCCCAAGGAACAUGGGCCCACACAGACUGUUGCCGCAAGAGGAAAAGCACUGAGCAAUGGACAUGUGUGGCAGAAGAAAAAUCCAGCGGCCUAGGUCACUAGUGCCUGGCCACCACCUGAUCCAGAAUAAAUCCAACCAAGAUAGCCAACUGUUUUGUUAUGGCAGGACCUAACCCCAGGGGGCAGGUUCUCAGGACUGCUUGCUUUUACCAGGCACUCACACCAUUAAACUCAUAACUUUUUUAAUUUUAUUUUUUUAAAUAUAAAGUGUUAAAAAGAGCAGUGGGAGGCCCUGAGCACAAACUGGAGGCUAGAAAUGCAAUAAUCAAGGUGCCAUCAGCCACUCUCCAACAGGUCCUGGAUUGCACCAAUAUGUUCAUUAUUCAUUUAUUGACCAAGAACAUAUUCCACCAGGAUGGCAAAGAAAAUAUGGGCUGUCGACCCAAUGCAGCUAAGAUGAUCCUUGGACACUCAACGCACACAUGGGGAUUGUGUGAUUAAUCAGGAAGCCCCACAAAUCUGCAUUAAUCUGUGUUUUCAUUUUUCCAAAAGGGGCGGAGGGGGGGAACCGACCCUGAAGCCAUUUCUUCAUUUUGCUGGCUUACCAAAACACUGCAGCAUCAAAAGGAAAAGUAACAUUAAUUCAGGUUCUGAAUGUAGAGUGUUUGUGUGUAAUUUUUAAUUUUUUCCCCUUCUUUUGGUUUCAAACAGUAAAGUGUUGAGAGUUUUUGGAAUGGUCUGUCAAAGGAACCAGAAAUAUACUAUACAUUAAUUUGG